AGUGAUAUUCCUCGUUGUAAAAAGAGUAGUGUCGAUGUACACCUUGUUGACAGGUUUGAACGAACUGUUUUCACUUAACCCGAGGAGUAGAAAAAGAUUUAACACAAGAAACCCGUCAUAAACAGGAGCGGUUUUUACGAUGUUUACAUUUUUACUGGGGAGUGUAUAGUCGCUGUUUUUCAGAGUUCAUCUUCAACGCUCCAUGCAAUGAAGUUUUAUGCAGUCGCGGAUACCGAUUUAUCCUAUUAAACUCGGACUCUUCGCUAAUUAGUGGCGAUUCUACAAUUUCUGAUAUGAUGUACUGUGAUAUAUCUUUUACAUGCCAUCGCAACGCCUAAUUGAUAAGUAACUUAAUUAUAAUAGGCCACUCGUUUGUUUGAUUGUACGAAAAUAAAAUGUAAAAUAUUUAUCUUAAUUAACUCGUGGAAAAUCAAAAGGACGUUGUAUUCUAUUUUUCAAGUUAGCCUGUUUAAAACUUCAGGAGUGAAUUUCAGCUCUAGAAGGAUAGUCAUCGUUAUCGUAACAAUACGAAGGCACAGUUGGGGUUCUGUGAAAGGGGUGUGUGUCAUUAAAUAUGUUAUAAUGAAAGAAGAACGUGAUUGUAUUACGUGUUCAAAUUAAUUAUAAAGGUAUUUAAUAAUCUGAAAAUGUUCUUCGGUCUAUCCAUUUCUAGUUGCUUAUCCUGGGCGAUUCCAGGGGUACCUACAAGUUUAACUGGAACUUUUAAAUUAUAAAGCUAUACUUUGGUUAAAUAACCUUUCCUAAGGUACAAGAGCAGUUCCUCUUUCAGGAAACCAGACGUGCGACACACUUAAGCACCGCACUUCUGCGAUGGAUAUUGUCUGGUCUUAAGCGCCACAUUCUUUCCGGAGAGAGACGUUUCCUCUCUGACGAUGAGCAGAUCACCUCAUUCACAUCCUUUCACACACAAGUGGUCUAAGAGCCACAUAUUAUGGUGUUUGAACAGAAAGGCAACGGAGUCGUGAAGGUUGUGCUUUGAACUGAUGAGGCAGACGGCCCUUAAUGAAGGAGUUUAUAAUAAUAAACUCUUACCUUUCGGCAAAUCACAAUAGACGAUGCACCAUGUAGCUCAUGUACCAAAGCAAACUGUGCUUUAAAAUUAACCGUGGGUUGAAAAGGCUUCCUACUCGCGUAAGCACGUCUUUUCUACACGUUACCCAUCAUUUUCCUCACUGUUGUAUAUAUGUCUUCUACAAAACAAGACAAUAUUGUAAUUUAUCUUUCCUUCCAUGGCGUCUUACGUUUUGAGUAAGAAAUAAUUACUUGCAGGUUAAUUUAUCUGUGAUAAAAUGUAAUUAUUACACUGCACCCCGUAAUAUAGCCUAAUUAUUGUGGUAUUACACAGGGAUGGCUUAUGGAGUAUAAAGUUUCGCCAUGAACAGCGCCUACAGUAAUAAAAUGUUCAUUUACAACAGUUAUAUGUAUAGGCAGUGUGGGGGCAGAAUAAAAGAAACCAUUGUCACGAACACAUUUGUCUUUGUAAUUAAUAGUAUGGGAGCCAUUUAUAUAAAUAGUAUUAAUUGUCUUAUCCUAUAGGAUAAACAGAUCGGUCUUAUCCUACAUCUCGUAUCAUGUUUCGUAACUAUGACAUUUAUGUAUGAAAAGUUUAGUUUGAUCGUAAGGUAUCUCGCUACACGUCUGUGUUGGUUGAUAAGACGUGUAUUCUGGUGAUGCGGGAGAUCAGCUUGUGGCUGCGGUAAGUGCGCUGCCGUUUCCGCAAGUUUCACGUACAUACUGCGCGUCCAGCGCUGAGCGAAACAUGAACGCGGCGUUAAUGUUCGCCGGGUGCUGUCAAAAGUACGGCGCUUGCAGCAGAUUGAAAGGUCGUUAAUUGUAUCUAUCUAAUUGCGCUUUUAAAAGCUCAAAAACUGCAAGAAACUACAUGCAAUAACUACGUGCGUGAAAGAACACUGUAAAAGGUAGCAGGGAUGCACCCCAGGUGUAACUUCCUGCUGGAGCUGCAGAAGGAGGAGGAGGACUGCCAUGCGCGGCUGCAAGCGCACAAGCCGCCAGCCCCUGCAGGUUGUUCACUGUCGUGCGCUCAUCACAGCGAUGGAUCUGCAGGGUGCCCAGGCCUCUGGGAUAACAUAUCCUGCUGGCACCAUGCCGAGGUCGGGGAGACCAUCACCAUUCCCUGCCCCCAGGUGCUCCGGAGCCUGUUCGGACGGAACGGAAACAUCAGCAGAAACUGCACAGUGGGAGGGUGGUCCGACGUCUUCCCGGCCGUAGCCAGUGUCUGCGGAUCCGAGGAACGGCCAGAUAAGCUUAUGUUUUUCACGGUGGUGAAGACCCUGUACACUCUGGGACACAGUCUGUCCCUGAUCGCACUCACCACAGGAGGUGCCAUCCUCUGUCUCUUCAGGAAGCUGCACUGCACGCGGAACUUCAUCCACCUGAACCUCUUCUUCUCCUUCAUCCUGAGAGCAGUCGCCGUCCUGGUGAAAGACGGGGUCCUUUUUUCCUACAGCUCUGACUGCUCGGACAAACUGUCUCUGAUUGGCUGCAGGACCUGCGUCGUGUUCUGGCAUUACUUCAUUGUGGCCAACUUCUUCUGGCUCCUAGUGGAGGGCCUGUAUCUCCACACGCUGCUGGUGACGAUGUUCCUGGAAAACAAACGCUUCGUCAUCUAUCUGCUCAUCGGCUGGGGGUUCCCCACCAUAUUCGUACUUGCGUGGAUUACAGCGAGAAUUUAUCUGGAGGACACCGGAUGCUGGGAGAGGAAUGAAAUUGCGGUUCCAUACUGGGUGAUCAAUUGUCCAAUCAUGAUUUCCAUCAUGGUGAACUUUGUCAUUUUCAUCAGCAUAAUAAGAAUCCUGGUCCAGAAGCUGAUAUGCCCUGUUGUGGGUGGCAAAGAUCAGUCUCAGUACAGGAGGCUUGCCAAGUCUACGCUGCUCCUCAUCCCCCUCUUCGGUGUGCAUUACGUGCUUUCUGUGUCACUGAAUGAGUCCAUGGUCGAGUACAAAAUAUUUCUGGAACUGGCCAUUGGAUCGUUUCAGGGCUUGGUCGUUGCCAUUCUUUACUGCUUUUUAAACAGUGAGGUGCAGGGGGAGCUACGCAGGAAGUGGGAAAGUAUGAGUCUGAGCUGCAGGCCGGGGCAGGACUACAGCUUCCACAGCUACUGCGUGUCUCAGAACGGCCCUGACAAUGUGCAGCAGAACCAACGACACUCUCGGGCCCCGUCCUUUAUGCAGACUGAGAGCACGGAUUUGUGACAGGCAGGGUGUUCCUCUGUGGGGGCCUUUCCUUAGGCCCCUGACGAAGCAUAGAACAUCCCUUCCUAGGCUUUAGUGUGAAGAGUGGAGACCAGUCGGUUAAGUGCGUGUUUGUGGACAAACUAAAGACAUGCACUGUUAUAUCCCAAAAUGUUCUCUCAAUUAGACUGUCUGCUGGUUAAUAAUUCAGCUACAUCUAUAAUUAAGCUACAUGUAGUUAUUCAGAAUCACAGUCAAUAGUUAUCCUGCUUACAAGUCUAGGAAAAACUGUCAGUUUUCAUCCGGUUGUACUUGUCGUAAACCACAUGAAUUCAUGAGAAUGAGGCACCAGAGAGUGACAGAUGUUAUACGUCGACUUGUUAACUGGCCGGUGUUCCUAAGUGAUGGAAUUUUGCCAAGGACAUUCCAAGCAGAUUAUUCUUCUUUUUGGAAGUAGUGUCCUCUGUGACAGAUGCGAGCCAGCUGUAUUACGAGGUAAUCGUGACUAAAGAAGAUGUACAUUAAGAUAUCACCUAACAUCAUGUGACGGAGUUGCACACUUGACAGUGAAGAGAUCUAACAGGGAUUUGACCUGUACACCAACUCCUAGUUGAACCUAUAAGACUGUCUGUUACUGGUGCUGCUUGGGUAUGUCCUGUUCAUCAAGCAUAAAAGUGGGAAAGUCAAACGAGUCAAUGGUUCAUCUAAGCAGGUCAGACAACACAAAGCUGAGAGGUGCAGUGGUCAACCUGCUCGGAACUAGUGUGACAAGUUAUCUUGGUGCUUUGUGUAUUUCUUCAUUUUCAGCCAAUUUCACUUGCCAUACUUGCUGAGAGAUGUUUUUAGACAAAUUUUUCUUCCAUUUUCACUUCUGGGAUUGAUUUUUUUUGUUUAUUAUAGCAAAUGCCACAUGCUUGCACAGAAAUGACAGGCAACGCUUUACAUGAACUGCACUUUCAUAAUGCCUUUAUAAAUACAACCCCGUUUCCGAAAAAGUUGAGAAACUGUGUGAAAUGUAAAUUAAAAACAGAAUGCAAUGACUUGCAAAUCGUAUAGACCCAUAUUUAGUUGAAAAUAGAACAAUGACAACAUAUCAAAUGUUGAAGCCAAGAAAUUGGAUUUAUGGCAAAUAUAUGCUCAAUAUGAAUUUGAUGCCAACAAGACAUUUCAAAAACUCUACCAUGCAAAAUUAUCUUGUGCGCAUGCGAACGUAUGUCGUGCCUAAGUGAAAGUCAUGCUCAUGAUGAAGUAUCUCAUGCGCACGCGAACGCAAGAUCAUUUAAAUUUUUUGCACAGGUCACUUCAGGGGCUCGAUAUAAAUUGGGUAUAUAUUUGUCAUAAAACAAUACAGUUUCUCAGUUUCAACAUUUGAUAUGUUGUCUUUUUUCUAUGUCGAAUUAAAUAUGGGUUUAUAUGAUUUGUAAAUUCUGUUUUUAUUUACAUUUUGCACUUUUAAUUACUUUUUGGAAAUGAGCCUGUGUGUGUGUGUGUGUGUGUAUAUAUAUAUAUAUCGUAGAACGU